ACACCCUCGCACCCCGCCCCCAGCAGGCCCUAUAAAAGCCACAGCAAACUGAGCUCCAGCACCAGAGCAAGUCUCACCCCAGCCUGCAGGACAGACAGACCAGAAGACAGACAUACAAUGUCCCGGAGCAUACAGGCCCAGGCUGCCUGCCUCCUGCUGCUCAUACUGGCUAGCCUGGCCAGCAGCUCUGUUCUCCAGCGCCAGACAAGACAGCCAACAGACCUCCAGACCCUGGACACAGCAGAGGCUCAGACUGGCUUGAUGCCCCGGCUCCACAGGCUAUGGAGACGAGAUACCUACAUCCCAGUCUGCAUAUUCUGCUGCAAGUGCUGUCAUAAUAGACAGUGUGGAAUCUGCUGCAGAACAUAGAGCCUUCCUCCCAGUCCUCCCCCUCCUGUCCUUCCUAUUUAUUCCCUCCCCCCACGCCUCACACUCAGUGAGUGGUCUUGGAAUAAAAUGGCUGCUUGGAUUUUCCAAA